AUGUUCUUUUUCAUCUUCCUUUUCUUACAUCUCUUCUUUCUCCUUAUUUACAUCUUCUCUUUUUCUUCUAUAUAUCUUUCCUUGUUUCCUUCCAUAUAUCUUUUUGCCUCUCCUCAUUUCAUCCAAGGUUUCCACCCUUCUGAACUUUUAAUCUUUAUUUCUUCAUUUUUUUGUAUCCUUUCUUCUCUCGUUUGUCUUUCACCAUCUUUUUAUUCCCUUCUCUCUAUUCUGUUCCAUUUCACAUGUCUUCAUUUGUUGUGCUUCUAUGUCUUUAUUUCGUUCUUUCUUCUUGAAAUCGUUUUUCUUUCCACCUCCUCUUCUCUCAGGAUCUUUCCCAUUUUCUUUAAAUUCGCUUCUUUUGUUUCUUUACGUUCUCAUUUCUCCUUUGAUUCUUCCUUACCGAUUUGCGACAUUUAUUCUUCAUUGAUUUUCUUUCGCCAUUUUUCUAUACCGUCCUCUUCGACACCAACUCUCCUCUCUUUCUUCUACUUAUACUCUCUGUGCCCUCUUUCUCUUUCUCCUUUUCUCUCACUCCUUCUUUCGUCGUCGUCGUCAUCAUCAUCAUCUUUAAUUCUCCGUCUACUUCUCUCUCUCUCUCUUACUUCUGUCACCAAUAUCUCCUUUUCUUACGAUAAGCCAUAUGCUUCCUGUCUUUCUUUAUUUUUUCAUUCAUUCAUUCAUUCAAUCAUUCAAUUUGUUUUCAUUCACAUCGUUUUCCUUUCCCAUUGUGUCUUUUUUUCUAAUCUUUCUUUCUAUUGUUUCUUUUCCUUCAUAGCCGUAUCGCCGCUCGAUUCUAAUUUCUUCCUUUCAUUACACAUAACUGAUUUUCAGUCAAUUUGCACACUUUCUUUUACUAUCAUUCUAUUUAAAUAUCCCCGUUUCAUUCAUCCUUUCCUUCAUCCAUUCAUUUCAGUCACUUCGAUGUUCUUUCCAAUUUCUUGUCUCUUUCUUUCUUUUUCUUUCUUUCUAUAUCACAGUAUUUAUUUUCCCCUUCGUUUCUUUUCCGCUUCGUUGCUUUUCGUCCAUCGCCUUCUCUCCAUUCAAUUUUCUCUCCUUCCUUCUCUUCCACAUAACUGCAUUUCAUUCGAUUUACUCAUUUUCUAUUACUUUCAUUCCAUUUAA